GGAGAGUCUAGUAGCAACCGCGACACAAUGUUUUUGAUACAGUUGGGCUUUUAUUGUUUAGUAUUUUCACUAACUGACAACUAAUUUUGGAUUACUUUAUAUAUUACAUUUUAUAUAUUACACUCAUGUUGGACUAACUUCUACAAUAAAUGUAUGCAAGCUAAGGUACAUUUGGGGCUAUAUCGGGUCUGUUGUUAUUUGGCUAAACAGCUUAAUGAGUUUAAAUUCAGUUUAAUUAUAUUGCUAAUAAUGGAGAAAGUACGAAGAAUUUUGGUGCAUUUAUCCAAAGACAGCACAGCUCCAUACUGUGCCCAGUUUGUCCAGAGCAUUACUGGACAUUUUACUGGAAAUCUUGAAGACCAAACAACUGUGAAUUAUGCCUUGGAGAACAACAGAUUUCUUUUGUUUGAGGGAAGUCAGGAGAGGGGCGUGCCUCUUCAGAGGGCGCCGUUCUGUCCAAUCAAAUUGCUGUCUCCCUCAGAGGCGGUCUCGCUCCCUCCGUGCACACUCAGCAGAGGCGUGGAUGUGGGCGUGGCCAUACUGCUGCAGUCAGCCAAUCAGAGGCUGUUGCUGACCAGGCGUGCUCAUACCCUGAGGAUUUUCCCCAAUGUCUGGGUCCCACCUGGUGGGCAUGUGGAACUGGAUGAAAAGCUGUUAGAUGCAGGCCUGCGGGAGCUGAGGGAGGAGACCGGACUUAAACUGGAUGCUGAGGACAUUUCCUCCACUCAGCUGCUGGGCCUCUGGGAGUCCGUAUACCCGCCCAUGCUCUCCCGAGGACCACCCCAGAGACAUCACAUUGUCACCUACAUGCUGCUUUGCACUAACCAUACACACCUGCAACUACAGUCCUGUAUUAAGCCAGAUCCUGCUGAGGUGAGUGCGUGUGCGUGGGUUGAUGCAGGACUGGUCAGGGCUAUCGUAUCUGCUGUGGAUGGGGAGGCAAAGUCUUUUCCUUUACCCACUGACCUUCCUCGAUCUGUCAGUGUUACUGAGGUGUCUCCUGAGGGUGAGCUGAGUGAGUCCACAGUGCCCGUGUCAGUGUUCUGUAAUCGGGCUCAAGCUGAGGGCGAGGAUUUGGAGCGGGUCAGCACCGGAACCAAGUUUGCCUUAGAGCUCUGGCUAAGAACCCUGGCAGCUAGAUGUGAGAAGAGCUAACUGUCGCAGACACUUUCUCAAUCUGUGGAACCCAAAUAAGCACUGUAUAUUUACCUUUAAAAUGCCCCCAGCUUGUUAUCUUUUAGUGCAAUCAAAAAGAUGAUUGUAGGAUCCUAUAAUUAAGCAUUUCUUCUUAAACAGUUUAAUUAAUCUAAUUGAACAUGCAAUGUUUGUCCGCCACAAGGGAGCGACAAAGAUUCUUGUUACCUCUCAAACUAAUGGUGAAUACAAAACACAGGACUACAGUUGCUUAAAAUGUAAAGUUUUCCCUCAGAUAUACACUUAGCCUACUAAUUAAGUAGUGUAGUUAAUGUUUUAUGUAUUGAUUUAUUAUUUUAUUAUGUUUUUUUUGUACAUAUUAAUAAAUCAUCUAAAAUUCA